AAAAACAUGCUUAGAUAAGUUUUCGCAAGAUAUAGCUUUUGGCGGUUUUAACAGCCUUUCAAUUCAAAUACUGUAAACACGGUUUCAAAUAAACGUUUUAAAUUACCUUGAUUUGAAAGGAAUGACCAAUUUUAAUUUCGCGCUACGGAUCGUGCGGGGCGCGGGACGUGACAAUGUAUAUACAUAUAUGAGUUUGAUAUAUGUCUAGAAAGUAAACAUUAUCGUGCAUUUCUGUAGGUUGGUAUAAAUUAUAAAAUUAUUAAUUGAAAGUAUUUUACAGUACAAAAAUCUGCCUUCGGCCUCAUACGUUAAUAGGGAAUGCCAUUUUUAUUUAAUUAUUUAUUAAUUAGAAAGAAACUAGGAGAUCGUCUUUACAUAAUGUAUCUAGUGGGAAAAGAUCAAGGUGCGAUAGCUUGCUUUUUAAGGACGAUCAUAGCUGUGAUAUUGUAUCUUCGUUAAUUACUACAUUCGUAUUGGUGAUCCAUUUGUCGAGAUGUUCUUAUCGUGGAGCAAGUUAUCAUCGCUGCAAAUUUUAUUUGUAGAUAUGGUAUUGCGAAAUACAUACGAUACACGUGCAAAUAAAUUCUGGUACUAUGUAAUUGUAGGAUCCGUUAAUUCCCAUUAGCUCAUAAAUUUUAUACGUAAUUAUCGUUUUCGAUUUGACGUUUUCGAAUACUCCGUAAACAGGAUAGGAAAGUAAAAAUCAAGUUUCUAUCAAAACGUUAAAUUAACAGUUUACAAGUAUUAUAAAUAAUGCAACUUAACCUAAUAUAACCUAAUUGGGUAUCGUAACGAAAUAAUGCAGUCAUAUGUAAUUUAUACACGAUAAUAGAAUCGAUAGUAGCACGAUGUUAUCAGAGCCGUCGAUAAUGACACUAUGAAGGCAACAAUGGCAACAGCAGUAAUAAAAGUUAAAGAAAGAGCGAUAGCAACAGCGAAAAUAAAGAUCUACUCGUAAAUUGAACCAGAGAGAGUUGAAUUUAUAUGGUUUUGAAUAUAUAUAAUAAGAACUUGUAUAGUUUUUAUUUAUGUAUAAUAAUUGUCACUUUGCACACCUCACGUUUUUUGCAACAAAUUUCACACUCUGUAUGUCCUGACGUAUACCUGACGUAUAUAUGUGCAUAUACAUAUAUGUAUCGUGUAUAUAAUACCAUGCCUUUAAAUCCUCUAGUAAUGCAUUGUUGGUAAGUUGGUAAUCAGGACUCAAGAAUAGUCAAGACGCAAGACUUCAGGACAACACAUGGGCAAGGAAAAUACUGUACUCUGUCACUCAUCGUCAAAGACUAACGAUUCUCAUCGUCAUGAGUUACCACCUUUUGUAUUGUUUUAUUUGCAUAUAUGAUAUUUUCGGCCUAUACACGUGCUUAUCUUUGUUGUUAUGUUGAGCUUAUAUUAAGUCUGUCAGAAAUAAUUAACCCCUCUCACAUUUCUUCUAUCUUCCAAUUUGCUAGCAACGCAUUAUAUAUAUCAGAACAUACUUACUAUGUAUUGUUAUUAUGUACAUAAGGACGUUAACGAUAAAGCAAAGAAUAGUAUUGGAGGAAACAGUUCUGAAAUUUCUCCCACAAUCGAAGUUACACGACACGUUCGCGUACUUACUACGUACAUACUGACAAGAUAAACCCCCCACCGCGAAUAUCAUCAUUGUUGUUAAUUUUUUUUCUUCUAAAGCAACUAAAUUAAAGGACCGACGAGUUAAGCAAUCGUCAUGCGCGGAAAUUUGAACGAAAUUGGAUUUUUAUUGAUCCUCAUACGACUUUCAUAUCAGAUGACAGAACAGAAUUCAUCGGAUUAUUAUACCGCAGCUGUGGUAGAAUUUGCACCGGCUUAUCAUUGGCAUGAUGCCGUGUUAACUUUAAGAAAAAACACGAAUGCGUACAUCGAGUACAUAGAAAAAGCGAGUAAACAGGGUGCUGACAUUAUCGUUUUCCCGGAAGAUGGACUGACAUCGAUCCAUUUGCCUGACAAAUCACAAAUGAAUUCCUGGACAACAGUGAUUCCUUCCGCUGUCGAUGAAUAUAUCCCUUGCACGGGAACCGACGUUAACGUCAGUGAAACGUUAAGAAGACUAUCAUGUGCUGCAAGGGAAAAUCGCAUCUACGUGGUGGUAAAUAUCGCUGAAAAACGAUUGGCCAAUUACACCGAUGCAUGCCCCUCGAACGAAACAUGGCACUAUCACAACACUAAUGUCGUGUUCGACCGAACAGGAAAGAUAAUUGCCAGGUAUCGCAAAGUGAAUCUCUAUAUGGAAGCCGAAUUCGAUAAGAUCGAGAUACCGGAAAUUGUAACAUUCGACACCGAUUUCGGUGUGAGAUUUGGUACCUUUAUAUGCUUUGAUAUACUAUUUUCGGUACCGCCUUUAUCCUUGACUAGAAUAGAAGGAGUUUCAAAUAUCGUAUACACCACCGCCUGGUUCUCGGAAACGCCAUUUUUAACUGCCAUUCAAACGCAAUUUGGAUGGUCCUUUGCCGAGAAUGUGAAUCUUUUAGUAGCUGGAUAUCACCAACCUGCUAUCGGAAGUUCGGGAAGCGGAAUUUAUUUAGGUCGUAACGGUAUAGCCAACGUAACCAUGGCUGACUAUCCUAAACUUUUGAUCUCCCGAGUCCCAAAAACAAUAAAAUCCAGAAGAGCAGAAGUGAAACAAAAGUCGAUGAACAAAGAAAAGAAAAAUCAAGAAACGGCGAAAAACAUUGCACGCCAUGAAACGCAUUGUGAUAAAUCAAUAAAGGAAGAAAUCACGCCCGAGUGGAUAAAAUUAUUACGCGAUAAUGUUACAUCAUUCGAAUCUAUUCUGUUCAACAACGAUUCAAUGACCGAAACCGUUUGUCAUCAUAACUUUUGCUGCGACUUUAAGGCUGAUGUGGAAACCAUCACCAAUUCGUCUUCGAUUUAUUACCGCGCGAUAGUUUACAACGGUGUUCGCUUGUACGGCACUCAAGUAGAAGCCGGUGUCCGUGUAUGUGGCUUGAUUCAAUGUCUUAAUGAAUCUAUCCAUUCUUGCGGUUUCGUUUCCCGAUCCGAUACUAUAUUUUCCGCUUUAAGCGUCACAGCAAGAUUCAACGAUUACACAAAAAUUUUGAUAAUGCCUAGCGUACUUGACGCUUCACUCAUUCCCUUUGGACAGUGGUCAUACGUUGAACAUGUACGUGGAAACGAAAUGAAUCUAACUAUGGUUUUGGACGAACCGAUCAACAAUCUUAUUACCUUUGGUAUAUAUGCUAGAGACUUUGAGAAAGACAAAUGGAAUUAAUUUCGAUAUCUAUAUUUACUACAUUAUUCUUGCAUAACUUUUUUCGACUCGAUCAAAUUUUCCAAUAAAAGAUCACAAUACUAUGGACAUGUAUCAAUCUACUGACAAUAACAUGGUAGUAACAACUUUU